AUGCACAGCGCCCCGCAAGCUCCAUCUUUUCUUCUUCCCCUUCUCCGGCCUCCUGUCCCGGAAACACUACUGCUCGGGGACUGUAUUGACGACAAUGCGAAGCUGUGUGUUUCCCGAAAGUGCCAUGCCCGCGCAUUGCGGGCCGAGCUCCUCCAUUCCUGGGAGGCUCUCUGGGUACUCCUGUGCAAGCGUGGACGAAAGCAGAGGUUGUCGAUUCUCCCGCUCCUUCCUAGUGGCAAAUCACUCACUGAUUCCCUGAACGACGGAUCGUCUCCUCCGGUCGCCGAGGAGAAUCCGUCGCGGGUCUCCGGCCUCCCGCAGCAAGUCAAGGGACACGAACAGAGAGACGAACAGACCCUCGCAGGAGACGCCGGACGGCGGGAACUCUCUGACAAGGCUGCAAAUGAGGCGCAAGAUGCAUCUUCUCGAGAGGAAAAGACCCAGCGCUCAGAGGCAAGAAAGGAUACAGCCGGAGACGACGCUUCUGCUGAAGCAGCCGAGACUGUUGACGAGUUGUGCCGGUCAAUCUGCCGGUGCACGGCGUUCUUUCUGUCGCUGAGACGAAAGCAAAGACAAGCGCGACGGAGCGACUCUGACAGAAAGGACAACAUCGGAGAUGCGUUGCCUGACCUACCUCUGCUGUGCGCCGCUCGCCUUCUUAUGCCUUCGCGAACGAAGCUGGACGCCGUCGAGCGACCGCAUGCAACCGGUGUUGCCUCCGGCUCCGCCCCGUUUCCUUCCUCGUCUCCUUCGUCUCUGUCUUCUUCUCCCUCAUGCCAAUGUUGUUCGCCUCGGUCACUCCCGCCUGCCGAUUCACGCCCUCCUCCAGGCCUUGUUCAACUCAAUAUUGUACACUGUCGGCUCGACGGUUUUUUUUCCACUGCCGAUACGGCAGCGACAGCCGCUGCAGAGGCGGCGCAGAAGGAACCCAGUGAAGCCCGCACGGCCUUGGCCUCCACGGUCUCCGCGCGCCGACUCCACUGGUCGUCCUCUCGCGUGGCUGGCGCUGAAGGGAACGGGCGAUAUGUGUCCUUGGAGACGUACACUCGCCCCGACUGUCUGGGCUCCAAACUCCUCCACCAGGCGCUAGCGAACUGCGUCUCCCGGUCGCUGCGCGCCUACACGCUCGGCCAGCAGUGGGAGAGCGAGACCGCAUUCGAGGAAAAAGGAGAAGGUUUGAGCUCUCCAAGGGUGUGCUGCGUUCUGCGUGGACUCAAAAAUCUCCGCCGCCCGCAGUGGGCUCAGGCCGCCGCCGUGCUAGUCUCGAUUUUGGCCGACGCCGCCGCGUGCGCCUCCGCGGCGGAACAGAGCGAAAUGGCGAGCACAAAGCGGCGAGAAGGACACGCCGGCACGAAGGGGAGGGGCGAGCCUUGGAAGGCGCAGUCUGAGAAGCUGAGCAGACCGCGGGAGGCAAGAGAAGACCCCGAGAGCGGCGAGAGCGAGGAGAGAGGCGAAAAAAGGGAGCAUACAGUGGAGGAGGAGGAGCCGACGGAGGCAGGCGAGAGACAGCGGUUUGCAUCACCUCCGGAACGAGAGAAGCUCGCGGUGCACAGCGGACCCGUUUCAAGCGAAAAGGCACCAGAGGAGGGGACGGAAAGGAGCGAGGAGAGAUGCGGAACGGAGGCGAACCCCUUGCGCGUGCUGUUGGUGCUCGAGUGGGGAGGAGACGACAGACCACAGAGAGAGAGCGGAGAGGAAAGCGGGUCGGAACACGGCGAGGGACUGAAAACAAGGGGAGGGACGUGGGCACGCCACAAGGCGAGGCUCCGUGAAGACGUCGCGGCGUGGGUACGUGCAGCGAAUCGGAGUUUCGCUCCAGCUGUUCGAGUGCAUUUCCUCUUUGGCCAGCCCGGCGAAGGGCAAAGGACACGCAGAGAAGGAAUGGAGAGCGCGGCUGAAGCAGGAAAGAAGAAGAGAGAAGCGGAAGAAGCAGCAGAUCAAGCGACAGACGGCAAAGAAAGGAGAGGGCAAGAAGUGGAUGUCGAACACAGGACGGAUGAGCGCAGUGAGCAUUCCAGCUCUGUUGCCUUCAACCGCGUAGGCGAUGGCCGGUGCGAAGGAACGGACCCUCCAAACCUCGGUCACCUGCGUCCAGCUGUGAAGGGAGAUGUAUCGUGUGGGCGAAACGUUUCCCUUCUCUCACUUCUCCGUGAUGGAGAAGAAUCCGUCAAACGCCCCAGCAUGCUUUUCCUAGGCGGCCACGACUUCUUCCCGGCCCCUCCCGUCGGCAGCGUCUCGACGGAUUCACCUCUUGCGCUGUCUUCUCUCCAGGGCGCUCCGGGCGAGUUGGUCCGCCAGCUAGAAGAUCUUGUGUACCUCCCUCUUCUGCUUCGUUCGCGUCUCUCCGCGUCUUCGGGGGGUGCGAGCACGCAGCGUGGUUUCGUUCGAGACCCCAUCUGUGGCGCACGAGACAGGCAGAGAGACGGCCAGCUCUCAGGGGAAGCACAGCUUCUGAGAGACUGCAACUCGCUUCUCCGAGACCCGCGAGGCUUCCUGCCUCCGCCGCCUCGUCUUCUGCUUCACAGCUGCCGGCACAGAGCGAGAAGACGGGAUCGGCCGGCGUCGUCUCCAGUUUCGUGUUCCUUCUUCUCUGGCGCUUCUCCUCCUGGCGGCUGCGAGUCGGGCUCGAGAUCCGCGGCAGCCGCCUGUCGCGAGUCUCCUUCCCGCUCUGCAACUCGCCGCGACGCAGAGAGCGUGGGCCCGCAAGGUCUCAUCCAGGUGGUAGCAGAGAAAUACUCUGCAUGCAUUCAAACCUUUCUGCUUCCACUCACCGCCAUUGAAUCUCCGUAUGUGGGUCAGACAGAGGAGAAACUUCGCAGGCUGCUGAAGGUCGCGGCGAAUGCGUCGCCUUCUGUCUUAGUUCUCCUGGGGAUCGAUCAGCUGGGCCGAAAGCGAGAGCGAGGUGGAGAUACAGCGGGGGUGCUUGCUGGUGUUUCGUCCGACGAGACACAAACCGGCGACGAAGAGCAGCCGCGAGGUCAGGUCGAUGCUCGACGCUCUCGAGUCAGGGCACCGAGUGGCAGCCAGAGCCGUGACGGCGGUUGCGUGGCGAGUGAAGGGAAAGGAAAGGUCGCCCACGCGAGCGAAACGCUGGAUAGGUUCGCUUUCACAGACAGACAAGCGGGAGGUAUCGCCGCAGCGGGCGUUUCCCCGUUGCCCGCCGAACACAGAGAUCGACGGUGGCGAAGAACGGCACGAGACGUAGCGGCGUGUGCUCCGUCCGCUGGACUGGAAGAUCGCGGAGGAAAAGGAGGAGGCGGGAGGCGAGAAGGCCGCAGAACAAGCAGUUUUCAGAGAAGGCUUCUCGCCGCUCUUCUCGUUGCCCUCGACGAAAUCGAAGACAAUCGACGAAGACACGAACAGCGUCAGAGCGAAGAGGCUGAGGACGCAGAAGCAGAUAUAGCGGAACCGGGAAGCGUGGAUCCAGAAGACCGAAAAAAUGCCGGCAGGAAGCGAGAUGUUUUAGGCGCAGCCGCAGGCAUGGCAAUCAUUGGGGUUGCCAAAGGAUCGCCCGAUACUCUCGACGAGGCUGUCGUGAGAGCAGGCCGGUUGGACAACUGGGUUUCGUGGUGCUAG